AUGAGCUGUCAUCUCUUUGUCCAAUCAGGGGAGAGGGUGUCCUCCACACCUGAGACAGUGUUGGGUCAAUCCUCAACACACACACCCACACCCAUACACACCCACUCAUACACACACACACACACAGAACACGGCCGUGGUGUGGCGAUGGUGACAUUGGGCGGCACCCCCUUGGAGGAGCUGGUGGACCAGGGGCUGGGGAUGAUGGAGGAGGAGACAGGCCCGAUGGGGAGGGCCUCUCACAGGGGCUCCUUCCACAGCGACUCCCUGCUGGCCCCCGACACCGACUUCAUGACCGACGACCGCAGCUCAGCGGCCAGUGGUCUGGACGUGGUGGACCGCCUCACCUACCUGGAGCAGAGGAUGCAGAUGCAGGAGGACGAGAUCCAGCUGCUGAAGAUGACCCUGGCCGACGUGCUGAAGAGGCUCAACGUCUCCGAGGAGCACCAGGCCUCCACCUCCUCCUCCGGUGGGCGGAGGACCCCCGGGGCCAAAGGCAGCAGGCCGGUAUCUCUGGUUCUGCCUCCCAGAAACCCCAUGGGGAACCCGCACGCCGCGUCCCUGAAGAAGAGCACCACGAUGCCCUCUAGCGGCAUGGGAAGGAACUACACCUCUUCACCAACACCCUCCAAAAGUUUUCCGUCCUGUUCCUCCAGCUCUGUGAAGGAUUCGGGGUGUAAGGCUUCCAAGACACGCCCCCCUUCAGCAGCCUCUACCUGCAAGACUGCUGCUGAUAGCAGCGGAGGCCAUCCAGCGAGGGAUCCCUCAUUGACCGUGGGGAGCAGACGGGUGACACAUUGUAAAGUGACCAUGCAGAUCUAUCUGAGCCCCCCAGCAAGAAGGACUGGGUCUUCUGACCGCGAGGCCCCGCCCGCCCCCACCACCUCCUUCUUCACCUCCUCCACCACCAUCGCCAGCGGCAGCAACCGUAGCAGCAGCAGUAGCAGCGGCCCCACGGCGGGGGGGGCCCCCCCACCUAUGACACCGGGGGCCGGUCAGGGGGGGCACAGGGGGGGCUCCAGCAGGUCGGAGGGACGGAGGACGAGGCCGGGGUUCACGCUGAACCUGCAGAAGAUGCCCAGCGGCCUGGGGCAGGACACCAGCAGCUACAAGAGCCCGCUGAAGUCCCCCAGCCAGUACUUCCAGAUCUGUUAUUAG